AACCAACAGUUAUUGACAGAUGUCAUGUAAAACAGGUGAAAUAUGUUACACAUAAGUCAUAUAUAAUAUUACAAAAUAAAGUCGAAAUACUAAUAACACCUGGAGUUUUGCUAUUAUUUGAUAAUUUCAAUAAAGAGGAAUGAAUUUAUUGUAAUAUUUAAGAUGUCACUACUCUUAAUAGAUAACGACACUUGUUUAAUUAAUAGAAAAAGUAAUAAAACAAUAAUAAGUAAUGUGUACGAAGGUAUACCAGAAACGUUAUUACUUAAUGUUAUUUCUUGGAUCGUACUCAUUCUUUUAUUCGCUCUAUUGAGAAAUAGAGCUUGGGAUUAUGGCAGACUUGCAUUAGUUCAUAGUGAAAAAUGGACACAACUAUUUUAUAAAAAUACUGAUGAUGCUGUUGCUGUGGAGGAAACAAAUCAUGAAGUAUCUUUGAUUCCUGAUACUGGUUGCUUAUGGCUUCCAUCAGUUUUCAAAAUAACAAAAGAACAAAUAUAUUCUCGCUGUGGGCCUGAUGCUUCACAUUAUUUAUCAUUUCAAAUUCAGUUAUUUUUUUUAAUGUUAGUUAUAACUAUAUUUUCUAUUUGUGUUGUAUUGCCUAUAAAUUUCCAAGGAACUUUAUUGGGGGAUAAAACAACUUUUGGGCAUACCACUAUAGGUAAUUUACCUUCAGAUUCAAAGAUGCUAUGGGUCCAUAUUGCAGGAUCAAUAGGUGUGGUUCCUGUUAUGAUUUUCAUCAUGAGAAAAUGUUCAGGUAGGCUACCAAUUUCAUCAAACCUCUCAUCAAGAACUCUUUUAGUUACAAAUAUAUCAAAGCACCAUAGAAAUUGUGAAGAUAUAAAAAAUUAUUUCACAGUCAGAUAUCCUGGAAUAGAAGUUAAAGAUGUAAAAAUACCGUACAAAAUCAGAAAAUUAGCAUUAUUAGAAAGACAGAGAGAAAAAAUACAUGAGUCAAGAAUGUAUUGUGAAAGUCACAUCCAAAAAAGUGAUAUUAAAUUUCAGCCUAGAGGAUGUAUAGUUUGUUGCCCUUGUAGAACAGAAAAUGCACUUAUAUAUUAUACAAAACGAGAAGAGGAAUUAAACCAUCUGGUUGCAUUAGAAAGAAGGAAAGCUCUUCAGAAUCCUUUAGGUAUAGCUUUUGUGACACUAAAUUCAGAUGAAAUGGCUCAAUAUGUUUUAAAAUCGUUUGAAGCAGGAUCUCACAGAAACUGGGUAAUAUUCAAGGCACCUUCACCUUCUGAUAUAAACUGGGAAAAUUUAGAAAUUUCCUAUAGAAACUGGUAUUCCAAAGCUAUUAUUAUAAAUGCUUUAUUAUUCAUAAUACUUUUCUUUUUAACAACACCUGUAAUUGUGGUAAAUAUUUUUAAUAACCUUACAAAUUCUCAAGAAAAUUGGAUUGAAAAAAUCAGUCCUAUUUUGUCAGAAUUUUUACCUACAUUGUUGCUUUUGUCUAUGUCUGCAGUGAUGCCAGUUAUGGUAGCGUAUUCUGAUGAAUGGAUGUCACAUUGGACAAAAUCUAAACAAAAUCAUGCUACUAUGUAUAAAGCAUUCUUCUUCUUACUUUUCAUGGUUUUAAUAUUGCCAUCUCUAGGAUUAACUAGUGCCCAAGCAUUUUUAGAAUGGUCUGUCCAAACACAAAAUAUUACUCUAAGAUGGGAAUGUAUAUUUUUAGCUGAUAAAGGUGCAUUUUUUGUUAAUUAUGUGAUUACUUCUGCACUCAUUGGUACAGCUCUUGAAUUAUUAAGAUUUCCUGAAUUAGCUAUGUAUGCUUGGAGGUUACUGCUUAUAAAGUCGGAAGCUGAGAAGACUAGCAUUAGAAAAGAAAUUUUAUCAGUAUUUCCUUUUGGAAUUCAUUAUGCUUGGACUCUUCUAAUAUUUACUAUUUGCACAGUUUAUAGUUUAACAUGUCCUUUAAUUACUCCUUUUGGCCUUCUAUAUCUCUGUUUAAAACAUUAUGUAGACAAAUACAAUAUUUAUUAUGUUUAUCGACCAAUAACUAUGUCAGGGGAAGGACAAAGAAUUCAUGCUGGUGCUAUCAAAAUGGUACGUAUAGCAAUAUUGCUACUCCAACUUAUAACAGCCUUAUUCUUAUCUUUGCGUGCACAACUCAGUCCAACAGCAUGUAUUGCAUUUUUAGGUUUUGCUCUUACAGGCAUUGUAUUUUCCUUCAUUGGACCUUUCCCUUCUUGCAAACAACCUCUUAACACAUUUAACACACCUGCUGUAAACGAAGAAUAUAUAGCCCCAGUUUUAAUAAGUUCUAGUGCUAUAGAAACUGUUGAUGUUGUUAGAACAUCUUCUAUUUUCUGUGAUGUAUCAAAUCAAAAUUAUAAUAUUAAAUUGGAUGUGACUGGAAUCAGUGAAGCUUAGAUUUUUUUAUUUAAUUUCAGCUAAUGAGGCUGUGAGUAUUCUUAGCAAACCUUGCAUUUAUCAUGGAAAAUAUGAAUAAAAAAGUAGAAUGUUUAUUAUUUAGCAUAACAACUUAAUUAAUAUAUAUUGAAUUUAACUAUUGUACUAAGGUAUCAUCAAUUAAACAAUUAACAAUAAUUAUAAUAAAAAAAUUUCAAACUUGUUCACUAAAACUGGUAAUAGGGUACUGCAUUUUUUUGAAAUUAUUUAUUUUCUUGUUUAUUUUAUAAGUUCUUGAUAUGAAAUAAUGUCCGAAAGUAAAGUAUUUAAUUAAAAGUGAAAAAAUAACAUCUAAAUAUUUAAUUGAAAAUCGCAAAAAUUUCAUACAUAAUUUAAGAAAACGAUUCACAUUGGUUUUCAGUUGUGACGCCAUAGGUUUAAUAAAAAUAUUGAGCAGUUAUCUGCUUGAUGAUCAACAAGGUUAUGGCAACGUAGCAUGUGCUGUUUUAAUACAGUUUUUAUUUAUUAUUUACAUAUAAAUAAAACAUUUUUCUAUAUAUAAAAAUAAACAGAAUAAACCUUUUAUAAGUUAUGUUCUUACAUUAUUACAUAAUCACGUUAAAAAUUAAAAGCAUAAUAAACUUAAUUACUAUCAAGUUAAAUUUGAAUCUUACAUUAAAGUGAAAAUAAUUACAUCUCUCUGGAUCGUCAAAACGAUCAACAAUUUCGAACCAUUUUUGUUGUAUAUUCGAAUUUCUUGGCAUCAUAAAAAAACUUUUAUAAGGUGUUUUAGUCGUCGUAUUUUUACAUCUAGGCACAUAACAUUUAUAUACCAUUUUUCAGAUUAAAGAAAGUUUAAUAAUAACACUUAUUUUAGAAUAAUCGAGAAAAUAACUGUCGUAUUUACUUCAUAUGCUCAGUGUUUAUUUUAUACCUAUGACGUUACGCAAUAUGGCAGCCUUACUAAAAUGUUUGAACUAACUACAAAAUUUUUAAUUUUCAAUAAUUUUUUAUCUAUAACUAUUGAUCAAAGAAUAUAAAAAAAUAUAAUAAAAGUUGUAUAUAAACUAUCCAAAAUUAUUUUUUUCUCAAAACAUGCUAUUGGUAACAAUAAUAAUUAUUAUUAUCAUUUGUUAAAAUAAACGAUUGGAUGAAAUCAUUAAAUUUGUAAAAUGGUUACUUCAAGUUAUUCCCAAAAAUAUUUUUGUAACUUAUAUACCUAUUAAUUUUCCAUAUUUCAGUAAAAUAAUAACAUAUAUAGUUGUAUGUGUAAUUACCUACUAUUUAUAUGUCAUAAAAUGUAAUUUGGAAAACUUAUUUAAGUUGAAAUUAAUAUUGUUAUUCGACAUUGUAUACAUAUUACUUAUCAAGUAUUAUAAUGUACAUAUGUAAAUAUUUUAUGUUACAUACUAUACUUGAUCUCGACUCCUUAACAAAAAUUGCUAUUUUUUUAAAAAUAAAUUUUAAACAAUGACGUUCAUAAUUUAAAGUUAUUUGGCAACCUUUGAUUUUAUUUCAGCGGCAAGAAGUUAUUUGUAAAUUAUUUGGGCAGAGUGCACAUCUUCAUCACUGACAACAUAUUUAUAUAGUUCAUAUAAUAAAGUACAUUAUAUAUUUUAAUGUAAAAUUUUCACAACUUUCUCAGCAGAUUCAAAUUAUACAUAAUGGCUAUUUGUAAACUAUAAUCUUUGUCUGAUAGAUCAGCUGAUUGUAGAUCCGAAUUCACUACUAGAUUUUUUCCGAACAUUUUGGUGAAAAUUUCCAAUUUAAGAAAUGAUCUAGAAAAACCACCCUCACUUUUUUGUGUAUUAAUUUUUCGAUUAUAUUUAUUUAGUUGUACCUAUAAUAGAUUCUAGAUGUUUAAUAAUUGUUAUCAACCUCUCUCAUAUGGAUUUUCCUCUAAAGUUCAAUAUUAAUAAGCUAUUUGUUGAAAUGUCAAAAAGUAUAAAACCUUCAAGCCUCCGUAACCUAUCAGUUACAUCGCUCAUGAGAGUGGAUUCUAGAUAACAACAUAAGGGAAAUUCAUAAUUUUCAAAUGUGACAAAAAAUAAACCGGUCAACUGAUCGUAUUUACUUAGUGAACGUGAUCCAGGUUAGUUUACAAACAUGCAGUUAGGGUUAACCUAAUCAUAGUUUCCGAAAAGCCAUAUAAUGUAAUAAGUGUUGCCUGAAUGGAUUAAAUUAACAUU